AUGGUCAACCCAAUCGUGUUCUUUGACAUCACCAUGGAUUCCAAGCCCUUGGGCCACAUAUCCUUCAAGCUGUUUGCAGACAAAGUUCCAAAGACAGCAGAGAACUCUUAUGCUCUGAGCAUGGAGGAGAAAGGAUUUGGUUAUAACUUUUCCUGCUUUCACAGGAUCAUUCCAAGAUUUCUGUGCCAGGGUAGUGACUUCACAUGCCAUAAUGGCACUGGCGGUAAGUCCAUUUACAGGGAGAAAUUAGAUGAUGAAAAUUUCAUCUUGAAGCACAUGGGUCCAGGCACCUUGUUCAUGGCAAAUGCAGGACCUAACAUAAACAAUUUCCAGUUUUUCAUCUGCACUUCUGAGACUGAGUGGUUGGAUGGUAACCAUGUGGUCUUUUGCAAGGUGAAAGAGGGCAUGAAUAGUAUAGAAGCCAUGGAACAUCUGGGGUCCAGGAAUGGCAAGACUAGCAAGAAGAUCACCAUUGCUGACUGUGCACAGAUCUAA